UGAAGAUCCUGGUGGGGUUAUUUUCAAUAUAUCUCUCAUUCUUUUUUCCUUUUCUCUAUUCCAGCUUGCCAUAGAGCCAUGGCUGGAUUCACAGCCACGUUAAGCGUCAACAGAACAUUAGUGUCGACAUGCCCAAGAAAGGGAACCGAAAACGGUUGAAAUUUAGGGCUGGGGACGUUUGCUCGGAAUCAGUGUCUGUGGCUGAUUAUGCUGAUGCCGAUCCAGCCGUUGUGAAGUCUGGUAGGGUGAAAAAGGCUGUUGCAAAUGCAGUGGAAAAAGAAGUCAAAUUACUCUGUGGGCUGGAAGCAUCACACGGUGCUGUUGAAGAGGUCCUUUGCUCUGCUGGGACCAUCAAAAUAGAUGGUUUGGACAGCAGCGAUGACUUAGACGCUGAGGAUGAUGGGGAUGGUGAAAGUAAAGUGAUCCAUAAGAAGAAGAGCAAGAGAAGAAAGGAGAGCAGUGAUGGAGAGGAGUAUCCAGUGGAUAUCUGGCUUGUGCUUUCUUCUUAUAUUCGACCUGAAGAUGUAUGCAGAUUCUCACUAAUCUGCAGGAACGCAUGGACGGUCACAUGCACUGCAGUUUUUUGGACCAGGCUAUACAAAAGACAUUACCGGGUCGAUGUUGACCUGCCGUUUCGUCUCCAGCCUGAUUGCAUUGACAGGAUGUGCAAUCUCAGGGCUCGUGUGAUUCGCUCCCUUUUCCAUAUGUAUGAGCCGUUUAGCUCACGUGUCUCCAAAAUUCCAGCCCUGCCCGAAUCUACACCCACAACUUUGCUCAAUUCCAAGUGUUUAUUGUUCUGGGUGAAAAAGGUGACUGGGACUCGACCAGAAGGAUUGUGGGAGUUCAAUUUCAAGCUUUUAAAGCAGCAGGAAAACACUAAGAACGGCCGUGCAAAAUCCUUGCACAUGCCCAAACAGUAUGAAGCUGUCCACACAAAUUCGGACUCGGACUGUUACAUGCUUCAAGUGUCAACAUUCAACUUCAUCUUCACCCCUGUGGUCAUGGGCAUGACACUUACCCUGUUCACAAUCAAUGUCAGCACGGACAUGCGCCAUCACCGCGUUCGUCUAGUGUUCCAGGACUCACCGAUCCAAAGAGGCAAGAAGAGAGGAGAUCAUAGCGGGACGCAGGUUGUGCUGGAUCCUGUACACAGUGUGAGGCUUGUGGACUGGUGGCAUCCACAGUACCCUUUGUUACAGAAAACAUAAAACGCAUGCUCGAAAAUAUUACUUCAGCAGAACAUCACAUCCAGAAUGCUGACCAUUAUCUUGCUGCUUACCAAAGAGAAAUUUGUUCCAAGCUUCUAACUACACACACUCUGACCAUUCAUCUGUGUAAUUCUUCUAGCUAAUCAUUAAUACAAGGCCAAUUGAGUUGUAAUUGCCAAUUGUAGUGUGAAUUCACAAUCAAGCUGUUAAUGCAUGCAAAUUACUUAUUUUAACAACAGCCCCCACACCAUCUACUUCUUAUAUUGGCAUCUCCAAUCGUGUUUGUAUAUCAGUAAUUCUGCUUUCACCACCCUAUCUGGCAGUUAUAAAGAGGGGAGUAGUUAUUAUUCAUGGUUGCUAAUCAGGCCUUACUGUUAAGUAUAAAAAUAUGGAUAUUUUACUCCUGAUUAAAAAUGAUUUUGACAAACUUGAGUAAAGGGAUUAACCUAGAAUAAUUGUUGAAAUAUUUUGCUGUGUGAUUGGCUGAUAACUAGCUACAAAAUGUGAGGAUCAUUGCAAUUCUUCUGAGAACCCUUCCAGUCCAUGCAUAUGGGUACUUUGUUACCCCUCGUCUUUUGCACUUAAAAACUUACUCACAGAACUUUAAUUUGAAUAUUGGUUUGUUUUCUGUCACCUUUUAUUGAUUUAUCUGUCCAAGCAUGUUUUAGUUCUUCGAUUAUUUUAUCAGCUACAUAGUUGCAGUGUAUUAUAUGAUAAAUGGCCAGUGAGAACAUUUACAUCAGACGUCACUGUUUAUCUCUUAGUGUUUCUUGGGGUUACACAAAAAAAUUGACUUUGUGUUGAACUUUGUCCCUUUCUUCCACCUCUGUAAUAGAAGUGCUCUUGUGUUAAGGGUAUUGAAUGUUCAUGCAUAUCACAUACUUGAUCUUAAUGUGCAACGAAGGGAAGGAGCUACCUCAGACAUCGGUGAAAAGGAUUAAACCUGAAUUGUUGUGCAGCUUAAAAUAAAACAUGGUAUCUCUUCACCUAAUAACGCAGUGUAGACUUGUAGAGAGACAAAGACAUGGUAGAUAACCAGGCUAACUUACAAAGACAAUUGAGUGUUUUAUUUGGUAAUCAACUUUGAAUUCUGUCAUUGAUUAAUUACUGUUUUGAAAUGAAUAAAAAGGAAAAUGCCCCUUUUUAUUUACCCACUUUUCAAUGCAACGUUUUACUUUGCUGCACUGUAUUAACUUCCCUCUUGUGGUAACACGUGGUACUGUA